UGAGCGGUAGAUAGUGUGAUAGAUACUGUAGUUUGUGUGUGCUGUUUGAGACGGAGCCUCAGUUUGACAUUUGUCCCAUGUGAGCGGAGGAGAAGUACAGAAGAGCGUCGCGUCUGAGGAGAGAGCUCAAAUGUAGCGUCUUUCUUAUUUUACACGCUUGAAGGAGGAAACACAAGUUACCCAUGCGGCCAUGACUUCGGUGUGGAAGAGGCUUCAGCGCGUCGGCAAGAGAGCGUGCAAAUUUCAGUUUGUCGCGUCUUUUCACGAACUCACAGUCGAGUGCACCGACAAGUGGCAGCCGGACAAACUGAGAGUGGUUUGGAUCAGACGAAACAGACGAAUCUGCACAAAGCUUCAUAGCUGGCAGCCUGGCAUUAAGAAUCCUUAUAGAGGGACAGUAUUGUGGCAAGUGCCUGAGAAUGUGGAUACUACAAUCACACUCUUUAAGGAUCCAAAUGCUGAUGAAUUUGAGGACAAAGAUUGGUCGUUCAUUAUUGAAAAUGAGACAAAAGGCCAUCGGAAAGUUCUAGCAUCAGUUGAUGUGAACAUGAAGAAGUAUGCCGACGUGACUUCAACAACAGUUGACCUGACACUCAAGCUGAAACCACUCUCUGUGAAAGUGGUAGACGCUACACUGAAGCUCAGCCUGAGCUGUAUCUUUCUCAAAGAGGGCAAGGCCACGGAUGAUGAUAUGCAGAGUUUAGCCAGUCUAAUGAGCCUUAAAUAUUCAGAUAUUGCAAACCUGGAUGACUUCAACGACAGUGAUGAAGAGGAAAAGCGGCCAAGGACAGGAACAAGCAGAAGUGUAGUAGCUACAGAUUCAAAGAAUUCAUCAUCAUCAUCUUCGGUUCUUAACCUGCCUCAUCAACCCUGCAAUCUGUUCCAGACCUCUCUUAAACCUCUCUCAUCUCUUUCUACUGCAACCGCCCAUCUGCCUGACCCUUCUGGCUCAUCCAAGCUGUCACGCCCUUCUCAAUAUGACUUUACUGUACCGGCAUUUAUUCGCGCUCAUCCUCCUGCCCUGCCUAAAAUCUUCCAGCCAAUAGCAGGCUCAGUCCCUGCUUCCGUUUCACAAAGGCCCUCAGGGGGCCAGGCUGAUGCUAAUAUGACUGAGGUCGUUAGCUCUGUAACUUCUCAUCCACGACCUGUCUCCUCCACAUUUCCUGGUCACUGUGCUCCCUCUUUCCCUCCCUCCUCCACCUACUUCUCUUCCUCCUCUCAACCGAAAUCUCCACCCGCUGUUUGUCAGACAGCCACCUCUGCUGCCCCAGGAGCCCUGACUCCUCAGAGUUGUCCUGCUUUUUCUUCCCCUUUGUCUGCCAGUAGCCCUGAUUCUUCUGUUCUUGGCAUCUAUCCCCCAGACUCUGUACCUUGCCCUGCACCAUGUCCUUUAAAAACCUACCGUGCCUCCUUGUCAGAGCUAGGCUCUGUUCUCACCAGGCCCACCAGUAUGCCCUCAGCUACUGAGACAGCAACAUGGCAGAGAGAGUGGAGGUCCCCUGAAGUUAUGCCUAGCCUCUGUCCCGCACCAAUUACUUUAGAAGAACCUGUCCUUCAGCAGGCAGUGCAGAGUUCAGACACACUGCGCAGGCCUGCUUCAGUUUCAUUACCUCACUCCGCUUUUGGUCCUCCCCUUAAAAAAGCUAGUACUUUUACCUCUCCCAUUAACAAACCGCUUCCUCCUUUACCCUUGCCAGGACUAUUGCCUUUUCCUACCACUACUGUGCCAUCUGCAUUAGCUUCUCCUCCUCUGCCCCUGUCCUGUCAACCUGAGAUAUCAUCUUGCACUGUGUCCUCUCCCUUGCCCCAUUCAUUUGUCCCAUCAGAUCCCCUGUCACCAGCCCACACCUUCCAUGUUGCUGAACCUCCACCGGUCAGCCUAAUAGGAAUCCCUGACUUAUCUUUACACGCUGAUUCCUCCCUUUUCACAUUAUCUAAAUCCUCACCCACUCCUCAAUCCAAUACUUCCACUCAGCUGCCAUCUGUCCACUUUCCUGCUCCUUUUUCAACUGCUGCUGUUGAACCUGAGGUUAAUCCAUCUGAUGUUACCCAGUCAGAACCACACAGACACCUAGGCGUAUUAAAAGAAGAGGAAUCCUCCAGUGCAGCCUGUCCUGGUGAGGAAAAUGCAGAUUCCAAAAUUCCAAAUCCAAACUUGAGAUCGUCCCUUCACAAAGCCACCACACACAACAAUAAACCACAAUCAAUGUUUGAGGUGCAGAUUGUGAAGCCAGCCCCAGGGACACCUAGUUUCCCUUGGUCACCCUGCACAUCAACAUAUGACACAGAUCAAAAUCAAGGUGGAGUUUUGCCAAAUAAUGAAUCAACUAGAAUGAGAGAGGAGAUUAAUAAUCUUCCCAUUAACGUCCAGAAAUCAAAUCAAGACCAUGAAGCUGUGAAAGAUAUUGUAGAUAUAUCAGGAUGUUCUGAUAUUGCACACAGUCCACAAUUUGCACAAGUCCAUAAGGCAAAAAUAAAAGCCCAUCAUAGUGAGUCAAAUAUGAUCAACCUUUUACUGUCUGAUGCAAAAGAAUCACAUGUUUCUGGAUUUUCAUCUGGGAAAGAUAUUAAAAUGGAGGAGGAUGUACAGGGGCCUAAAAAUAAAAUUCUAUUACAGGAUGAGAGCAAAAAGAAAAUAAUUAAUACAGUGGCCUGUGAAGAUACAGAAUAUCAAGGCAGACACAGCUUUCAACACAUGCAUGAGUCUCAGUUAAGUGAAAAUACUAUUUUUGACACCCCUUUACCUCAGAAGUCAAAGGAUGAUCAUUACAAAAUAUACAGAGAGCCAUGCAUUGUCAGAAUUCUUCCAUCCUGCCCAAGAGCUGCUUCUACACCUGGCUUGCCAUCCUUGUACUUGCCAGAAAAAGUGAGCAAAUGGCUAUCAUCUGAGGGGUCAAUGAGAUUAAUGCCAUGUAAGAAGGAACCAGCCAAGUAUAUUUACAAUUUAGGAAUACAGUAUAAUGAUAUUAAAGAACUCAAUGAAAUGAUUGCACUGAAACCAACUUGUCCAAAAUCUGUCAGUAUUCCAGGAUUUCCAUCUAUGCCUCUUCAUACUGAGUACAUACCAAGUAGUGUUAAUUUCCUUUCAACCUAUCCUACAGCCUCAAGAAUUUCUGGCAUACCUUCAAGACGUCUGGUCGUAGUCUCAGAACCUGAAAGCUGGCCCAAGAACAGUUUGAUUUUAUGGAAAAAAGAAAAGAAGAACAGUGAAGUGAAGAUCAUACACUCAUUUACAGAGAGCCCAGAUAUGUUUAAGGCAAUGAUUCCCAUAAGACCAUCUUGCCCAGCAGCAUCUAAGGUUCCUGGAUUUCCAUCUACUCCAAGGUCUAUACCACAAGGACAUCCAAGUAUCAUAAACAUGCUACCAUCUUGUGCAAAAUUUUCCAGUAUUACAGGUUUCCCUUCAGUGUUUCUCAGUAUUAAGCAAGAUCUCUCACUCUACUUAUUUGACAACAUACCAUUAUUUGUAAGGCAAAAUAGGAAGUAUCAAAGAAGUUUUAUUCAUGACUUUGGUAAGCCAUAUGAUGAUAUUAGACAGCUCAGAAAUAUGUUGUCACUCACCAUAACAUGUCCAGCAAGUGCAGCUCCUGGCUUUCCAUCUGCACCAAUCCAUAUUGAAAAAGUCCCGACUGUGGUCAGUCUACUUCCAACCUGUCCCACAACUUCAAAUAUCUUUGGCAUACCUUCAAAGUUGCUAGUCAGUGAGCCAGAUGUUAAAUAUAAACAUUUGGACAGUUUAGUACUGUGGCAAAGACAACUGAUAAAAAAUGAUUGGGACAUUCUUUUUAUGUCUACAUGUAAUGUAAAAACAGCCAAAUCAAUGAGUCUUAUAAGGUCAACAUGUUCUACACAAUCCAGGACUCCAGGAUUCCCGUCUGCUCCAAAGCAUAAAUCUCAGAAAGACCUAAAUAUUGUAAAGAUGAUGCCAUGUUGCCCAAACAAUUCAAAGAAUCUAGGCUUCCCAUCCAUAACAGUUAUAAACACAGAUCAAGAUACUCAACAAUGGAGAUUAAACAGUGAACAUUUAAUUCAAAUGCCAAAAAAGAAAAUGUCAGACAUGCAUAUUAUUUUAAGUCAAAUUUUGGACACAUUUAAAGAAAACAUUGAUUUUACUAAGACUAUGGUGUCCUUGGUGCCAUCAUGCUGCAAAAAAGCACAAUCUCCUGGCUUUCCAUCCCUACCAAAACAGGCUCAUGAUUGCUCUCCAUACAUGAUAAAACUUUUAACUACUUGUCCUAAAGCUUCUUUUGUCCCCGGAAUUCCAUCUGUGCUGAACAUUGUGUCUGUUUCCAAUAAAUGGCUAGUGGACACCACCAAGCCGUUAUGGAUAAAAAGAGUUAGGAAUCAAUCAUACUGUUCCAACCUUUCAUAUCCACCUCAAUAUGAACAUACAGAUGUCAAAGACAUGUUUUGUAUACAAAAGAUAGUUUUAUUGAAACCGUCUUGCCCAAGAAAAGCAACCAUUCCCGGCUUCCCAUUUGCACCACCAACAAGUUUAGAGAAGCAUUUUAUGUUAACUCGAAUGUCACCCUGUGAAAUAGUUGAAACAUGUGACCCGUUGAGAAUAGAGUCAUCUCUUAGCUCAAGCUCUUCCAUGACACAUGAUCCGAUUACAGUUCUAACAGAGGAAAACAACCCGUCAAAAGAGUGUAAUAUUGUUAAGCAACAUUUAACAAAUAAACCAGCUUUAAAGGAAGUGACUCAUGUCGGUGCAAAUAAGUUCAGGCCUAUUUUGCUGAAAAAGACCAAGGAGGACAUAGGAUUUUGGCCAAGAAGUGAUGAUAGAGAAAGGGGAAUUUUGGAGAAUGGCAAAAUAGACUGCAGAAUGUGGCACUCCCUACCUCCAGACGUGCCAUUAUUACUGACCGCUGGAGAGAGAAUUGACUGCACAAAUACCAAAAUAGAUGAUGAAAAACACAGAGAACACUCUGCUGGUGAUAAGUACUCAUUUGAGGACCAGGCACAAACACCAGUACAUCCAUAUCCAGAAUCUGGAUAUAAAGAUGAAAAAGAGAUGGUGGAAAACAUAUUUAACCUGGAGCCAUCCAUGUGUAACUCUCAGUCCAAAUUACAGCAGGCCCAGUGCCUACCCAACAUGGCGGAUCUUUUUCCAUCAUGUUCAAAAAUGUGUAGAGUUCCUGGAUUCCCAUCUACAGCUAUGACUGAUACCUAUGAGACAGAGGGAACAGAUUGGCCUAGAGAUGUGAAUACAUUGUGGAGAAAGAAAAUGGGACCAAAAACAAUAGCACCCCUUCAGUAUAUGGCAAUAUCUGAAUAUGAUGCAAAAAUGUUUGCAAAUAUGGUAUCUCUAACCUAUUCAUGUCCCAGUAAAACAAGUAUAAUUGGUUUUCCUUCUGCCUUUAGGGGGAAAAUAUUAGAAAAAUCAUCUCUAAGUACAUCUUGCCCCAAAAUAUCCAGAGUAGCUGGUAUACCAUCCUGCUCUCUAAUUCAAGAGGACAUGUCUCAUGUGGAGUGGCUAAAUAAAAAAGAAUGUUUGUGGGAGAAGGAGUUGAAGGAAGAACUGGCCUUCAUCGUGAAUAAACCAAUUCAAUAUACUGAGAUUUCAAGUAUGAUGGUGGAUAUUGUUCCAACUUGCUCUGAGAUAGCACUUGUUCCUGGUUUUCCAGCUGCACCGGGUUUUAAAGAAAGAUGGAAGAGUGGAACCAUAGAAGCAUAUUCUUCAACUUGUUCAACAGUAUCUGUAGUAUCUGCAAGACUUUUUCCGACAUGUCCAAUGAUGUCAAGAAUUCCUGGAUGUCCAUCUAAACAAGAAUCUAACAAUUUGCAAUGGAUCAGUUAUCAGACACUAAUUUCAAGCAAACGAUUUAAAGAAAAAGCAGUUAAGUCUAUAGAAACUGGUAAAGAUGCAGGGGAUAUAAAUAAAAAUAUGACUUUAUUGCCAACCUGCCCUCUUACAACACAAAUUCCAGGUUUUCCAUCUGCACGGCAAUGUAAAGGGCAGAAGCCAAACAUGCAAAAAAUUCGCCCCUCUUGCCCAAUGCUCUCCCAUAUAGCUGGAUGUCAGAGCAUACAAAUCUGCAGAUCGUCAAAUUGGCCAACCAAUCAAAUUAUUCUGAUGGGCAGGCAAACUAAGGGUCUUGAAAUCAUUGUAAUCACGUCAAAAGGUAACAAAACAGAACUUAAAAACAAUGUUGCCUUGUUACCAACUUGUCCAUACAAAACCUGCAUUUCAGGUUUUCCAUCUGUACCAGAACCAAAAAUGCAAAAUAUUCUUCCCUCCUGCCCCAAAAGGUCGAACAUUGUUGGAUUUCCUUCUAAAGACCCCAUUAAAGAAGGAACAAUGCAUUCAGACUGGUUGGGUGACAUUCUAAAUGCAGUUCAGGUCCGCUGUCGUGCCCCAAAACUUUUUAUUAAGGACAAAUCAAACGGCACUAGAGACUUAGUUAAAAGAAUGUUUGCCUUAGCUCCGACAUGUUCAACACUGGCAAUAAUACCAGGAUUUCCAUUUGCACCAAAACCCAAAAUUUGUUUUAAAAUGGUAAAUUUAACGCCAUGUAUUCCAAGCACUUCAAGAGUUGUUGGGCUCCAAUCAAGACAGAUGACACACACACAUGUAUGGCGUUUUGAGAAAAUGUAUUCUUGGGAAAAUAUAUUAAAAAUAAGAUCGGAUAUUCAUGAUAAAUGCUUCUGUGACCCUGAGUGUGAACAGUUAGACCAUUACAGUGUGAAGAAAAUGAUCGCUUUGGUGCCAGCCUGCCCAAGACAAGCUCAAACCCCUGGUUUUCCAUCUAUACCUUACAUCAAAGUGGAUAAAGUCUAUUUACGAAAAGAGCCAGAUAUGAGAAGUAUAUUAAAUUCUUGCCCAGGGUUUACUCUGGUUCCAGGCUUUCCUUCAGUAAAUUUAGUUAUCUCAUCAUCAUGUAAAGCACAGGAGAAGCCAAUGUGGGUUAAAUCUAUAAAAGAGAAAUCAGUUUCAAUUUUAAGGACAACCAAAGAUUAUGAGGAAGAUGUAAAAGUUGUACUGCUUGUACCAACAUGCCCAGAUAAGGCUAGAGUCCCUGGAUUUCCAUCUGUAAGAAGCUUUGCAUAUGCAAUGACUGCUCUCCUACCAACUUGUUCAUGUGCAACAAGUAUACCUGGAAUGUCAUUAAGAAAAGACAUAACUCAAGAUCUUACUCAAAUAGACAGAGUAAUUCCUGCUCUACCAUUUUUUGUAAAAAAGCCUUUGAAGAAAAAGAGACAUUUGAUUCCUAACGAUCUUCCCACAGUUGAGAAUGCAACUGUUAUGUCUACUUUGGUGUACUGUUGCCCAAGGAAAACAAGGAUUCCUGGAUUCCCAUCAAGGCCUACUACAUCUUCUAGGCAAACCGGCAUGUCUAUAACAAAUGCCAAUCAAACCGAGAUCCAAAUGGAGUCUGAAACCUCCCUGCAUGUUGCCCCUCAUAAGAUAGACAAAUGGGAUCUAACAGUGGAUGACAAUCAGUGUGAGAAAUCACCAGAAAUAAAAAAGACCAAAGAAAUUCAUGAAGGAAGUCCACCGCAAGACAAGCAAUCCCGGGAAGAACAUACUGUAGAGCAGCCCUUUCCAAGUAAAACCUGUGACAGUACAGACAACUCAGAGAAUGAUGUAACAUCUGGAUGGGAGGUACUAGAGGCAGAGGAUCCUUUUACAGAAAAAGAAGGAUCGUUAGGCCUUGUUGAAUCCAUAGUUGGUGUUUUUCAUAAAGGAUUUGAGACAGUGGCUGCGAUGUUGCAGCCCUCUGGUUUUGGAGCAGAAGUGGAUGGCCAGUUGACCUCUGAUGACCCCUGUUGUUCGCUUGAUCCUGAGAAUAACAUUAGCGUGAAACCCAAACAGCCUCAGUGUGAACCUGCUGAGGGGGCAAUCCUACAAAACGUUUUACAUGUUUCAUCAACUGAACCGCAGGAGUUUAAAUUCCCUGUACGUUUUGAACCACACAUGCGGCGCAUGGCUGACAGUCGAUCUGAGACAUCAUUGUGCUCUAAAGAUGUCGAAAGCUGGUUUGCUGGAAGUGGAGAACAUAGCCAGAUGAAGAAGUGGCCUCCACUAACAGAGGCAGACCUACAUGAUAUUACCAAAGAACACGAAGAGAAUGUUCCGUAUGAUUUACUUCAGAUUAAUGAAAAAAAGAAAAUUUUCGAUUUUGAGGAGAAUACUGAAGAAGAGUUUUUAGAUAAGCCAUUCACAAUAGUGAAGGGGACACAGAAUCAUAGUGCUCAAGAGAUCACGGCACUUAUUCAGCCUACAAGCAGCGAGCCUCAUAAAGAAGAGAUAAUGGCAUACUCUCUAACAUCCAUGCAAAAAGUUAGCAAUGAAGAGACCUCUAGUCAAGCAUUGCAGGAGUUAAGUAGCCAAGGAGCAAAGCUCCAAGAAUCUUCUUUGACAGCAGUUAUGAAAGAUGUAGAACCAGCGUCUCCUUGCCUCAGUGUAUCAAUUGCUUCACCUUGCGGUAGCAAGAUAAACAGUAAUCUGACUAAGGAAUCCUCACAUACUGAGGAACGUGUGUCUGUUGUAAACCAGACUGAGUGUCUAUCAGAUUUAUUCCAGAGCUUGCAGGAUGCAAUGUCGGAAUCUAAUAUUGAGGAUAAGAAGGUGGACAAAUUUGCUGGUAUGCCCACAUCUUUGGAAACUGCCCUGACAUCUACAAACGAAGAUUCUUCUACUAAAACUAUGGUGCAGAGUCCCACUGUUCUACCUGUCCCAUUGCCUCGGGUAAAGAAACGCCUUAGUGCUUCAUUACCAGAUGAUUACCGAGUGGAACGUGGUAUGACCUCAAUCAGCACCCCAGACAUUAAUGAGAUUUCAAGUAUAGCCAAAGUGCCUGGCAUUUCUAAAGAUGAUGAUGUUGCAAAAAUUAAAACUGAAAUGCAGAAAAUGAAUCAAGUAUCUGAUUUUGAAAGUGAUAUACAGUCAACUACUGAUCCACACCCACACAAAGAGAAAAAAGCUGAAAGAGGGCUGGAGCAAAUUGCAUCUGAAGUCAAAUUGAAGUCAGAUGAUCAAGUCAACCUCACAGAAUCUCUUCUGCCAAUCUCUUAUCUAAGGAAGCAGUUCAGUGCUUCUUCUAAUGAUGACAUUCCAACUGCGCCAUCCUCUUCUCCAGUUGUCCCUGAUCAAGGACAAAAACAGACAUGUCUACUGGUACCAGCUCCUCGUUCAAAGAAGCGCCUCAGUGCAACUUUUCCAGAUGAAAAUUCUUCCGAAGCGAGUCAAGUUGUCUCCUUCAUUGAUGAAACUAAAAGCAACCCACCUCUCAGACAAGCCACAGAAGAUUCUUCAAGCUUGCCAGUGCCAAGGCCUCGUGUGAAGAAACGUCUAAGUGCCUCAUUUCCAGAUGAUACCUCUGUCUCCAUUGAUGAAAUCUUUGUGGAGACAGAAUCGAGUAAGAAGAUCAAUGAACAAGAUCUAACCAAACGGAAAACGAAGACUGAUGCCGCAGUCUAUCCAGGAAGUUCUUCAGCAAACUCGGGUGCAAGCAGCGAAGCAGAGACAACAACCCUUGUCGAUUCCAGUCAGUCUCUUCUAGAAUGGUGCCAAGGAGUAACACAAGGUCACAAAGGCGUGAAGAUUACAAACUUCAGCACUUCCUGGCGAAAUGGUCUUGCUUUCUGUGCCAUCCUGCAUAAUUUUCAUCCUGAAAAAGUGAAUUUUGAAAUGUUGGAUCCUUAUGACAUCAAGCUGAACAACAAAAAGGCAUUUGAUGGCUUUGCUGAACUAGGCAUCUCCAAGCUGAUCGAGCCUUCUGACAUGGUGCUGCAGGCCGUGCCUGACCGGCUCAUUGUUAUGACUUACCUCAGUCAAAUACGAACACACUUUACUGGCCAGCAGCUCAGUGUGUUGCAAAUUGAACAGAACAGCAGUGAGUCAAGCUAUGCUGUGGGUGAGAAAAUCCAGAACACAGAUCCUGAUGCUGCUGCCCGCUAUUAUGCUGAAAGAUUCCAGACCAGCCACCUUGCGCAGGAGACAGAUGCGAAUGCUGAUGACAAAGGGACUAAAGAGAAUCCAAAUAGCAACGGUAGUUUAAUACCGCCGCCUCGAACCAAACGGACUCAAGGUGCAAGUCAGGCAGGAACAUCAGGAGGGGCUCAGGCUCCGGUUGUUCCCUUAAGGACUCACAGUUCAUCCACCAAAGGUUUUUCUCAUGUCAGGGAUGCAGAUUUGGUAAAGAAGCGGCGAUCACAGCUGAGAGGGGAGUCUUUUGAAGAGAAUGAGAUGUCAGAAAAAUCAACCGCAGCAGAGAUUGGACCAAGCCAUCCUAAGAGUGGAGCAGCCAAGGCACCCCCAGGUGCAUUGGAGAGUGGCGAACAAGGAAAAGCAGAAGAUGCCCAGGAUGUCAGUCAGUAUGUUCUGAGUGAGAUGCAGGCCUUGGAAGCAGAGCAGAAGCAGAUAGAUCAAAGGGCUGCCUUUGUGGAGAGGACACUAAGAAGACUUAUGGAGUCUGGUAGUGACCGUGCAGAGGAAGAGAAACUCAUUCAGGAGUGGUUCACGCUAGUUAACAAGAAGAAUGCCUUAAUCAGGAGACAAGACCGUCUACAAUUAUUACAAGAAGAGCAUGAUUUGGAGAGGAGGUUUGAACUGCUCAAGGGAGAGCUUAGAGAUCUUAUGGCAGUAGAAGAAUGGCAAAAGACUCAGGCCCAUAAAACCAGAGAGCAUUUGCUGCUGCAAGAGUUGGUGUCUCUUGUAAAUCAGAGGGAUGAGCUGGUCCAUGACAUGGAUACCAAAGAGCGAGUGGCUCUGGAAGAAGAUGCAAGGAUAGAAAGAGGUCUGGAGCAGAGACGAAGGAAGUAUGGAAGUCAGAAAGAGAAAUGCAUAUUGCAGUAAGGAAGCAAGAUGGUACAAGGUGACGUUAACAUUAACAGACUGUCAGCGAACACCAAACGUCACACUUUAUAUAGAACAAGUGAAGAAAAUUUAAGGUGGAAAAAUUCAAACAUGCCAUAAGAACUCUUAACAGGUUUGUUUCAAUUGUGUGGCUUGCAAGUGGAGGUGUUUUAUGGUUUUUGCACUUGAGUAAGAGAAACAGGUCUUUUUUAAGGAUUGAGAUUGUGCUUAGUUGUACAAUUUAAGUGGAUACAGUACGUCUACUUUUUCAUCUUCAAUAUUUGUUUAUAAAUGGUUUAUGAAUAGAUACUGCUUUAUAUUGUAUAAUGUAUACAGUAUAUUGAUGUAUUUUAGACAAUACAUCAUAUAUUGCUGUGCCAUAUCAGUGAUGUUCUCUUUAAAAUGGUAUUGCCAUUAGCGUUUGUUGGGCAAAUGGCAAAAUAUUGCUACAAGUAGAUUUAAACAUUGAGUAUUGAAAAAGAAAAGGUUUACUAGAGAAAAUGUGCUUAUGAGAACAUGCUUCUUAAAUCCACCCAAAAUUAGCUACAUUCUGCCCCAUGUAGUACAUUCUUGUUAUCCGUCACACAGUGUCAGACAAGAAUCUAUAUGUUAUAUACAAUAUAGGAAAAGAGUAAGAGCUCUGUGUGGACUACAAAAUUCCAAGACGCAGUAAAGGACACAGUAUAUUGAGGCUGUACAAUUUAAAUUUUCACACAAAGUAAAAUCCACAGCCGAGCCUGCUUUCUAUAAAAGUCUAUAAUUACAUUAAACAAAUAUUUUUCUCUAUUAUACAGCCACUACAGUUCUAGCCAUUGCCGUUUGGUCUUUAGUAUCAGGUAGGCCUUUAGCACCGUUUUCAAGACUUAUUAUUUUAAAUAUUUUGUGUUACAUUGUUCAAAUAUAGGAUAGAAAUAUACACCACAGGAAAAUGCCCAGAACAGUUAAGCUACCUUUAUUAUGUUCAAGGUAAGAGAUUUAAUCACAGUUACUGAAUUACAUGGAAACGUUUUUUUUUUUUACAGUGUUUCCACCGAAAAUUUAUCAUUUUAUAAUUGAAAAUAAUCCUAAUGCACUCUGGUCAGAUCUGUCAUGCUUACCUACUUCCAGCCCACAAUUAUCCCCCAAGGUUGCAGUCAAAGUUUGCAGUGUAAGAGGUGAUUUGUGAUGACUCCAACACAAACGUGUAUUUCUGAGAAGCUUUCAAAACAGUAUUAAUCUUAAAACUUUUUCUUGUAUGAUUGAUUAUUUAUUUAUAAUCAACCUAUUGGUGUCUGACUGUGUUUGCGUUUUUAUUUUUAUCAUGUUCUAUUUAUGUGUUUUCCUGCUGGCUGAAAGCUUUGGACUUUACCUUGCAGUGUCACUUUUAUGUUUGGGAAUAGAGGAAUUCUUGUUACAUGACAUCCUGCACUUUUAAAAAUGCACUGUUUAAAAAAAAGUUUUGGUGAAAAUAAAAGUUGCUUAAUAUGUG